AUGCUACUGACAAUACGCCAAGGGUGGAAAUGUUCCGGGUAUCCCAUAAAGGGGAGUAGUGCGCGCUACAUAAAUAAUACUUUCAUACAUACUUUCAUACGCCAAAGCAAGAUUUGCAAAAUUUCUUCUUCUUCUUCGUCAUCAUUACAAAUAUCAAUUGCAAACUACUACUCCUCCUCAACGUCAAUUGUAAUCAACAAAAUGGCUAGCAUCAAUAAUAGUUUUCUUAUGAACCACACUUGUCUAAGAAUCAAGGAUCCCAAAUCCGUUGAUUGGUGGCAAGAAAAAUUGGGUAUGAAGUUAAUUGCUACAAUUCCAUUUGAUACUUUUACACUAUACAUGUUAAAUUAUGAAACUGAAAAGAAUAAACAUUUGAAUUGGGCUGCUCGUGAAGGUGUUUUGGAGUUAUGCUAUAAUCAUGGCGGCACUGCUGAAAUCAACAAUGGUAAUGGUGACAAAGAUAAAGGUUUUGGGCAUGUUUGUAUUUCAGUUGAUAAUAUUGAAGCUGCUCAAGAACAAUUUUUGGCAAAUGGCAUUAGAUUUAAAAAGAAAUUGUCAGAUGGGCGUCAACAUAACAUUGCGUUUCUUUUAUCGGAUCCUGAAGAUUAUUGGGUUGAAGUUAUUGAAAAUGGAAUCGAUAAGAAGGAAGGUAAGACUGAUAUUGCCUCAUAUAGACUCAACCACACUAUGGUCAGAGUUAAAGAUCCGGAAGUUUCAUUAAAAUUCUACCGUUCAUUAGGGUUCAAAUUGUUUUCCAAAAAGGAUUUUCCUGAAGCUAAAUUCAGUUUAUACUUCCUUGGUUAUAAUCAUGACUCAAAUUUUAAAGAAGGUACUAUGCCAUGGGAAGAACAACUGAAAAGAGAAUCUAUUUUAGAAUUGACUCACAAUUGGGGAACUGAAACCGAUUCUGAUUUCAAAGGAUAUCAUAAUGGUAACAGUACUGAAAAUGGUGAAGUACAAGGAUAUGGUCACAUCUGUAUUUCAUGUGAUGAUCCAGCUACUUUCUGCAAAGAAUUGGAACAAGCUUAUGGAGAUAAGUUGGAUUGGUCAGUGAAGUUUAAUCAAGGUAAAGCAGUCAAAGGAAUUGCGUUUAUUAGAGAUCCUGAUACGUAUUCAAUUGAGAUUUUAUCUCAUAAUCUUUUUGAGGAGAGAAUGGGAAAGCUUUAA